AUGGUUUCUUCUUCUUCUUCUUUCCUACUUCUUCUUGUUGUCGGCAUUACUUGCACUCAAAACCGUAGUCUUUUUGUCAAUGGAGACAUCGAUUUGAUCCAAAAAACCUGCAAAACCACAAAGUUUUACGACCUCUGCAUAUCAUCUCUCCAAUCCGACUCAACCAGUUCAGAAGCCGACACAAAAGGGCUCGCGAUUAUAAUGGCGAAAGUUGCAGUCGCGAAUGCCACUAACACAAACUCCUACUUAUCAUCCAAUCUACUCGUUAAGAACACGAACGACAAUUUGAAAAAGGCGUUGAAGCAAUGUGCAGAUAAGUAUUCCGCCGCAGGUAUGGCAUUGCAAAAUUCCGUUCAAGAUUUGACGUCGGAGUUCUACGACUAUGCGUAUAUGCAUGUGAUGGCGGCUGCUGAUUACGCGAAUGCGUGUCAUAACGGCUUUAAGAGGUACCCACGGUUGGUUUAUCCACCGGAGAUUGCAGCGAGGGAGGAGGGUUUGAAGCGUAUUUGUGACGUGGUUAUGGGAAUCAUCGAUGCUCUCGCGAAUUAA